AUAAAACUUUUGAACAGGUGAUUCUCUUGGACUUACUGAUCUGAUCGGUUUUCCUGCGUUAACACACUUAAUAAUGCAGCAUUCGUAUGAUUGCAAGAAGUGUAGCUUGUGCCCGCGCCGAUACCAUACUAUGGCGUUGAUUCCUGUGCAGUUAGUAGCUAGUUCGGAUCGGCGAGGUAGCCCAUUUCAAACUGAUCGAUUGAGAUAAAUACUGGUAUCGGCUAAUGGGAAAGUAAGUGGAAAGGAACCGGAAUGACCGAUUUAUUACAUGGACGCUUCUUGGAUACCAUUUUCUGCCAAAGUGGGAGAUGCGGUUGGAUAUUUGAGUUUUCUAGUAAAAAAGCGAAUCGGUUCCUACCCCACUCCCGGGCAGCUUUGCGGUUCACUCGUGCAUGCGCCAUGUCACGACCUUUAUCCAAUCCCUACCCACUCACAAGAGCUGGCCGUCACUAGGCCUGCGUCUGCUUCGCAAACGCUGAUUCAUUUUUCCGGAUCUCAGGGGCAACUGUUCGCUACCCCCCUUGUCAGGUCUCCUCUGCAACACUGCCUGCAGGUCGACACGCAGUACGUCUCGCCUCUCUAUCCUUCCGUCAUCUAUUCAUUAUUCGGUGGGACGUAUUGCUCAUUUGAUGUUGUGGCUCAGUCCAAAUCAACUGAUUUUGAUGUUAUCUCCCGGCGAAACAGUGCACAUUCAGCUUACGCAGCCGAUCAUGCCGUUUUUUCUCAGAGCCAUAGGGUGGACGACUCAUGCAGCAAAAUCAGCGACGGCUCACAAAGCAGUGACGGAACGGAACUUUUCCACUCGGCGCUGAGUCACCGUAGCCUUAGUGCGCAUUCUCAAGAUUGGUUUCCCAGAGUAGAAGGUCUCACUCUUGACCACCCUGGCUCUGACCCGCUUUGCUUGCACUGGAAACACUGCUACCCUUACUCACAACAUACUGGACGCUCUGAGCAGCUUAAUGCUGCAGAAAAUGCACGUGUUGGUGCUUCGAAACACUCCUUGCAAUGCUACCAAACAAUUUUCGAGACGCAGAUACUUGACAUGACAGUAGAACGUAUGACUAGUCCUUCGAGUGAACACUCCCUGUAUGAACUUAGCUUGAAAUGUGAUUGGUUGGGUGAUCAUUGCUUAGCUGAGAAGCCUCAUCGAUACUGUGGGAAUGCGCAUAGCGGUACCUUAUUGCACGAGCGGUGCUUGCCUGAGCUACCGCCUGGACACCUGGAAGUUUCGAUUUGCGACUCAGUCGAUGGCUGUUCCGAAUCGGACACACUCGAAAUUCCUGCGCUGUUGACACGGUGGUGCUCCAAUUCCCCUUACCCACCAGAGUACGUGGAAUUAUCAGAACUGUUUGUACAGAAUUCUGCGGCCGACUGGGAUUCAAAUUCUGUGGCCGUCUCUUCGGAACCUACGCAAUCUGCAUCGACUAAGCCUUCAGCAGCAGUACAUCAAACGGGCUCGAAUAAUGAUACCGGUUCGUUUGAAAAUGCACUGAACCAGGAGGGAAGGGUGGAUUCGUUGGUCCCUACUCUUUCUGUGGACAAAAUUCAUGAAACCCUAGGGCUUGGUAUUGCAUCCGCGCACAGUCCCGAGUUAAACUCACAAGAACUGCAAUUCCUUAACGAGGUACCGCCAGAAUUCGCAGCAGCUGAACUGCGCCUUCGUCGAGCACUGAGAACCGAGCAAUCAAAAUUAGAACUUGAGUCCGCACGCACAAGCCCAAUUUUUUCACGACAAAAAAGUUACAGUGAAACGCCCAAGCGCUCCUCCAUACUCGUUAGAUAUGCUGAGGACACGGUCAAUCGACUGAGCAUCUUUAAACGAACUCCAUCUGGUACAGACGGCCCCACAGUGUCAUCCCCGAAAUUACAUAGGACCUCUUUGUCUAUGGUGCGUCCACCACAGCGGCCUUUGUUUGCCAGAGACCAGGAUUCUGUGGACGAUGGGGUCGGUGAAUCCGGAGAACUUGGCUCCAGAAUCACUACGAUGUCUUGGGCCACAAUAGACUCUACUGAUGUCAGCAGGGGGAUGAAGUUGGUAGAUUUUGGAAUUGCUAGUAGUAGCAGCGAGGCGUUGGAUAACUUUGAGAAGUCGAAGGAUGUUCUCGGCCUUAACACUACAAAGGACGAGGCUGUUCAGUUCGAACUCAUGCCACUAUCAUCAUCUUCAAUACCUCAAUCCGUGAUCCCAUCGCAAUCUAAGCAAGUCGCAUGUAACAUCACACCCUCAAUACACUAUUGCGAUUUGGGUCAAAUUGAUAAAGAAUUGUAUGGCCUCCAUUACUUUCCCCGUUUCACUACUGUCAUUGCGAGAUUAAGGAAAUUUGCCAUGUCGAGGACAAGAGCCAAGUAUGAAAGGUUUCCCUUUAUAACAAACAAAUCAGCUUUCGGAAUAUUCUUGAAUUUCGGCCACAAAAACGGAUGAACAAGCAUUUGACCAAUCACACCCACUUAAAUGCGGAGAGAAUGAGGACGCGCGCGCAUGUGUGUUAGGUAAGCCCGGCUCAAAAAAAUUGUGAACGUUUUCUUUCGUCACUAUUUUCAUUUCAGUAAAGUCACCUCUUUUCUACUCUCG